GCAUUUACCGACGAAGUAGGACACGAUGGACGAGUAUGUGACUCGCGGGGUGUAUGUGUUUGGCGCUAUCUGCAUCUUGCUGGUGACCUUGUCUCUGGGAUGGAUCACAGUGUGGAAGUUCCUUCUCUCGAAGAUCUCGUUCAUUCGGGAACUACUCGACUUGAACCCAUCAAAUCCGGCGCCGCCGCCUACAAGCGACGCCACCCUCGUCCCAACAUCAUUCGACGAACGGCUGCGGCAAUACAAGGCAAAUCCCCAUCGAAGGCACACAGGCAGCACGUUGAUGGCACCGUCUGGGCAGUAGACCACUCGGUCCAGUAGGCUUACAAGACUUGAAGUCACAUUAUUACCACCUUGCGACAUAUUUGUUACGAGCGUGAUCUAUGUUCGUCAUGUUGGUGUCGUCGUUGUUCCUCUUGGCGCUGCAUGGCUUGUUGAAUCCGACUUGAAAAUGUCUCUUCGGCAUUCGGAUCGAUCAAAGAUGCACGGGAAGCGGAUGGUUCAGUUGAAACGCAUUCUUCUUGAGAUGGACGCGAUAGAGCUGGUGUGUCGUCCCCGAUUGUAUCGUCACGCGCCACGUCGGCUGCAGCAGCAGCAGCGUUUACUUCGACCAGAGGUCGCAUGACCGUAGCUUUCAGCUCUUCCGGUAACUCCCAGUAGCUUCGUCCGUGAACCAGGUUGAAGUAAUAUGAGCGCUAUAUGCGAUCAACGAUCUACUCUUAGACGUCGCAUCCCGCAUCACACGAGCAACUUACC